AUGAGCGCCUUCGUGACCUGCUCUUACACCCCUCCCCCUCCCACCAAACCAUCCGAGAGGUCUAUGCUUGUGGCCAUCGAUCAUCCUAUUGCUGCAACUCCUCUCCCUCCCUCCUCCCCCUCUUCUUCCAUAGCCCAGACUCAACGGCCAAGGUCCUCCUCGUCGGGAAAGACCCUUACCUCCCUUUCGACCACUUCCUGCCAGCAACUACAACAACAACACCAUCAACCACCUCAGAUCCGUUACUGCUAUUUCAUCUCUGCCUCUGCCGCAUCCGCGGCUUCAGCUUCGACUAGUAUCUCGAGAGAUCCCUCACUCAGCAGAAAAUCGAUCUACCUCACACCUCACGUUCAAGAACCCAUGGACGCUUCGCCAAACUGCACUCAGCCCCGGUCCCGCCCCGCCAAGGAGCCUGCUCCAUCUGCGUUCGUCCUAGGACCUCACCCUCCUCAAAUCCAGCUUCAGUUCCUCGAAAACGAACCUCUUCCUCCACCUUCCUCCUCUGAGCCGAUUCUGUCGAUCGAUACACCCACCCAUCACAAGGAGCUGUCGGAUGUUGUCCUAGUCGAGCGAAAGGAUAGUGGCUACGGCGGUUCUGUUUCCAGAAGUUCCUCUCUCGCAGCCUUUGGAAGGGGUAUCCGUAAGGUCUUUUGGCGCACUUCUUCCAAGGGAUCCGUCGAGUCGAUUGUGGUGACUGAGGCUCCGGUCUUAGAUUGCGACAUUCCCCAGGAUGUUCUUGACCAUGAAGGAUGGGCACAGGAUCUGGCCCAACGAUUGAGCCUUGCCUCCGGCCCCGAGGCUGUUACCAACUGGCUUGGACAGCUGCCUGUCGAUGGCACUACGGCCGAUGAGAUGUCCUCUGGUGUUUUAAACGUGUUGAACUUGCCUGAGGGAUCCGCUUCGGCCGAAAGCCUCCAGGAGAUGAUCGAGGAGUUCAUCUUCAUGGCCCCUGGCCCAGUCAAUGCAUCUACGACUCCAACGCCGACGAUUGCGCUCCUGGACGACUUCAAUGUCUUCACCGUUCUUCCUCCCUCAGCCUCAUCGACGCCACCACCUCCUGCUCCUGUUGAGAAGACUUUGCGACCUGUCCUUUCGAUCGAACAACUGAACAAACCUCAGCCCCCCUUGCCAGCUGUUUCCUUCGAUCACAAACCCGUUCCUGCUACGCCUACCCAGGCACGACUAACCAACAAUGGUUCAUCUCCUCUCAGCACUCUUGCCCGCAAGUUCACUCAAGCUGCAGACCUUGGCUUUGGAAAGAACGCCUCCGGUAGCAGGCAAUCGACAUUGUCGUCUCGUCAACGCAACAGUGUCCAGCAGCACUUCCAGCACGCCGCUAGCGAGGCAACCCUUUCCCAGCCGACCCGAACCUCGAGGGAUAGACGGUUGUCCGGCAACAACAUCGAGACCUUGAUGGAUGAGCGUCCUGUCUCCCCUUCGGCUUUGGUCAUGUCUCCAGAUGAGGAGGAUGAGGUUCAAGGUGACUCGUAUGUUACUGCCAAGCCCAACUCCAAGACCAGUCGGUUCUUCAAGUCGUUGACGGCAUCGUCUGUGGCCGAGCUCAAGAAGCGUCAGAACGAGAUGCGUCCGCUAUCGGAGGUACUUCUUUCCGACUCCAAUCUCAGCCCCGAAGAGAUUUCGGCCGAAAUAGUGACCGCAUCGCGCAGUUCGUCGCUUCGUUCCACGCCCAUGCGAAGACCUAUCCCCAAAUGGGAUGAAACCACGCGUGAAGAAAGAGGACACUCUGACUCCUUUUCGCUGGCACCUCCUGUGCCAUUGUUCUACAAGAGUACAGCUUCAAGUGCCUCUUCACUGGGCGAGACCUCCUCUUGUGGAUCUGUCGAGUCCUCUGCUGACGAGUGGGAAGGACCCAGUCAAAUGACCAAGCACGCUCUGGAACAGAACGCCCGUUACAACGCUGACCUCAAGGGUCUCCAGGAUAUGCUCUACCAGGGCAGCGCGCGUCCUCAAUCCACCCCUGCCCACUCAGCCAACACCUCGACUGGCUCUUUGGUUCUACCCUCAGUGUCUGCUACGCCUAACCGAAAGGAUACAAAGGCAGCCAAGGGUACCUCUAAGAAGGACGACUACAUGAGCCAUCGCAUGAGCGCCUGUUCUCCCAAGCUUCUCCCCGUCCCAGACAAGAACAAGUCUCGUCCCAAGAGUCGUCUAAGCAUGACCUAUGGCGGAGGCGAACUGGAAAUUGUCAAGCAUGCCAAGUUCGACACACCCGAGGCCAUUGCCCGAAACAAGGAGAUCCGCAAGUUUAUUUCACAGGAGAUUUAUACCACCGAGCUCAACUACGUCCAGUACCUGCGUACAAUCCAGGAGGUCUUUGUUGACCCUUUGUUCCGAUCUCUCGAGAGCGACAAGCCAUUUAUACCCCGGGCCAACCCCCUUUACCAGCUGUUAGCUCACAUCUCGACCUUGUCGGACGUCGCAAGCCAGAUCACCCAGAGUCUGGAGGUUUGUGUUCGUGAUGAGGUCUGGUCCGAUGAGCUGAGCAUGGUCGGCACGAUCUUUUUGGACAUCAAGGAGCCUCUGUCAAUCUUCUUGAAGUAUGGCCAGUCCUAUGGCAAGGGCAUGAAGGCGCUGAGGACGUUGAUGAAGUCCAAGCGGGCCACGAUCUCCAUCGCCAAUGCCUCGGUCGCCUCGUCUACCGCCAACACCCCAGUCAGCACCCUUUCCAGUGGAUCCAACACGUUGGCCGUGCCAGGAGGUCCUCGCAUGGACAAGCGUCGUUCGCUGCCUUCGAUCUUUGCCCUCAAUGGCACCGCAGCCCACCAGUCCCUCAUGGGAUCGAGCUGGUCGACCGCCAGCAAUGGUUCGACUAACUCGACGACUCCAACCACCUUGAGCAACGUCAAGGAUGGAGCCAAGCCCCGCAGCAGCCACGGAAUGAUGGCAGCGGGAGCAUCGGCCGAGUCGGCCGAGUACGACGCCUUUAUCCGCAACUGCGUCGGCGGCAAAGAGACGACCAGCCGAUUCAGUUUGGCGGAUCUGUUGAUCCUCCCUAUUCAGCGAGUGACCCGGUAUUGCCUUCUGUUAAAGGACCUGAAGCGCCACACUGCUGUUGAACACCCCGACUAUGUCUGCCUCGUCCAUGCCCUUGAGCAGUUGCACACCCUGGCCCUUGCGACCAACAACGUGCAGCCCUCCUCGUUGCGCCUGUAA